AGCGCCGCCUUUCACGUUCACUUUGUGGUUGCUCGUAGUUAGUUGCGGCCGGUAUGUCUGGACGUGGCAAGCAGGGAGGCAAAGCCCGCGCUAAAGCCAAGACCCGCUCUUCUAGGGCAGGUCUCCAGUUCCCCGUGGGCCGAGUGCACCGCCUGCUCCGCAAAGGCAACUAUGCCGAGCGGGUCGGGGCCGGCGCGCCGGUGUAUCUGGCAGCGGUGCUGGAGUACCUGACCGCCGAGAUCCUGGAACUGGCGGGCAACGCGGCCCGCGACAACAAGAAGACCCGCAUCAUCCCGCGUCACCUCCAACUGGCCAUCCGCAACGACGAGGAGCUCAACAAGCUGCUGGGCAAAGUCACCAUCGCACAGGGCGGUGUCCUGCCCAACAUUCAGGCAGUGCUGCUGCCCAAAAAGACUGAGAGCCACCACAAGGCGAAGGGCAAGUAACUAUCUGGACUAGUUUGUGGCAACUCAAGUAAAAUCGAGUCCAAACCAACGGCUCUUUUCAGGGCCACCCACGUCUUCUCUAAAAGAACUUAACAUUUAUUCCAUGUGAAAGGAAGUGAGACAUGGACAAGACUAGUCAUAAAUUACCCAUCUUUUUGAAAACAGUGUAGCGAACACCGCAGGUUUAAAAGAAAAACUAGAGGGAAGGUGGUCCAGAUUCUACCACGCUUAAAAGUUAAGAUGUGGACAAAUCUGUUAGGCCAUUACUUAAUUUUAAACUUAAUCAGUGUGUGUCCACAGCACCAGUGGCUUCGUGAGUUCCUGAAGCACUUUGGCCCGAAAGAGUUAUCGCCCGGGCUAGAAUUUAGCAGACAGCUGUUCAACGCGGGCCAGGGCGGCAUGAAGAAGUCCCGCCGCUACGUGCCCGGCACAGUGGCCCUGCGCGACGUUCGGCGCUACCAGAACUCCGAGCUGCUGAUCAGCAAGCUCCCGCUCCUGCGAGAGCUCGGCGGUGACGCCGCUGCACGAGAGCGAGGCUGCAGAACUUUGUGACACAAU